UUAUGCAGACAUAAAAGGUGUAGAGCAGCACACGCGGAUCCACCCACGUUUGGAAGACGUGGAAAAGAAAACUAGAACAACUAAUGGGACCAUUAUGAAAAGGUGAUGGCACAAUAAGUAGACAGGUGUGUCGGAGGCUAGGCCAGCAAGAUUAGCGGCGGAUCACCUGGUCCACUUGGAGAGUUUCGACUAUGGUCUUUGGGACUUAAGAGGAGGAGGAAUGUCCACUUCUGUGGCGGACUUGUUGGACUCACCGCAACCCACUGCAGAUCGCUUCCAUUAAGAGAAGAAGGAGGAGGGAAGGCGAUAUUUUGUGUAGAUAUUAAAAAACGUUUUGGUGCGAUGGAGUGGAGGGAACAAUCCACGGUGACCUACCAGGACGCAUACUUGGAGGCUCAGAGGUGGAUAGAAGCAGUAACGAAGAAAACAUUUAAAGGCAAAGACUUCCGAUCAGCUCUGGAGAAUGGAGUUCUGUUGUGUGACCUGAUCAACAGGAUCAAGCCUGGCGUGGUCAAGAAGGUCAACAGACUGCCCACACCCAUCGCUGGGCUGGACAACAUUAAUGUCUUCCUCAAAGCUUGCUUCAAUCUCGGACUAAAGGAGGCGCAGCUCUUUCACCCAGGAGACCUCCAGGACUUGUCGUCAAGAGUUACAGUCAAGGACCAAGAGACCAACCGGAGGCUUAAAAAUGUUCUGAUCACCCUUUACUGGCUGGGUAGAAGAGCACAGAGCGAGUGUUCUUACGAUGGACCUUACUUGAAUUUUAAGGCGUUUGAGGGAUUGCUGGGCAUAGCACUUCACAAGGCUCUCCAAGAAUUGUCAGGUCAGAAGGACGUCAGAGACGGCAGUUUUGGAGAUAACUGGUACUCAGAGCAGCCGGGAGGAGGAGGUGGAGGACACAGGAGAGAAGACUCACUGGACAGCUUGGACUCUUUGGGGUCUCCACCUCAUAGCAUCUCAUCGGACGCCACCCUCAAAGGCAGCAGUGAGGGUUGUUACAGCGACGCCGAAGCAGACGCAGCCUUUAAGAUGGCCGACAACAAGGAGUCUGUCAGUUACCGCCGCUCUCUAGUCCUCACGCCAAAGGUCACCACCCAGUUCAACCAGUUCCUGCCCACUAAAGACAAGCCUUCGGGGUAUGUGCCCGCUCCCCUGAGGAAGAAGCGGACCGACCGCAAUGAGGACAACCGUCGCAGUUGGGCCAAUCCGGUGUAUGAGGACGAAGCCCCGCUAACCAGUGACACCAGGUCUUCCCCUGACAAAAGUCACUCGUUCUCAAGCGCUCACCAACCGUGGGCCUUUGAAAGCGGCAGCGACUCUGACUCGGACCGGCCGGACCCCGACCUCGUUCUGGAUGACCUGGCCAGCAGACGUUUCCACACCCCUUCGCCAGUGCCCCCCGCCAACUUUGCUGUGCCCAUCAGCCCCAAGGGAGCGGGCAAGGGGCUGCCCGGGGGCCCCUGGGCAAAGGCCUCUGUGAGCCUCAGUGUUGUGUCUCAGCAGAAUGUGGCCUGCCUCAGCAGUGGCGGCCCCGGCGAGGGACCGAGGGUGGAGCGCCACCCCGUGGUGUCCACAGACAGCCUUUUCAGGGAGCUAUACGGCGACUCCGAAGAUGAAGACGAUGAGGUAGGCUACGCCGACCCCGUUCAGGAUGACCUCUAUGCUCGCAAGAUGGGAGCCAGACCCCAGGUGGCUGGUGGCUGCGCCCCGUACCACAAGUUCUUACCAAAGUUGUGGACGCCGGAGGACGACAUUCACAUCCAGAAGAUCAAGCUUGGCUCUCAGAGGAGGCCGUGGUACAAGCAGAUGCAAGGGUUCAGCCAUGAGAAGUCUGGCUCCUCCUCGGAUGAUUCCAGUCCUUUCUUCUCUUGCACCCCCACGCACAAGACCGCGGUCGUCGUGCACGGGAAAAGUCCCUCUAUGCACCCACACUCCCCUCCACCACUCCCCAAGACCACCCAGUUAGAGACCCCGCCUCUGGUUUUCCCUCCAGUGGAUCCCACCGCCGGUCCCAGACUGGUCAAAUGCCAGAAGUGGCCCCUCUUUGGGCGCCAAGACCCCCGUGAGCCCCCUGAUCCUAUCGAUUAUGAGAGCAUUAUUCCCGACUUGGAGAACGACGACAUGUUUGUGAGGCGGACCCUCGCCUUCCAGUCCAACAAGGAGCUGGCCACGGUCAAGACCCCAUUGUUUGCAAGGCGCCGCCUGUGGACGUCUGAGGAACAGCUCAAUAUCAUCACCCAGCGUUACAUUACCAACAUGCAGGAAGAGGAGUUCCCUGACAUUGAGCAAGACGACGUGGUCCAGCGUAAGGAGAAAAUCCAGCAAACCCAGCAAAGACGACCCCUUUCAGGUGCUCCGGACAACUUCUCCCCAAUGUCCAUCCCUGAACCGUGGGACCUCCCAGCAGAUCUGAAGACCAGACUCCUGUGCCCGCCAUGCCCUCUCACCCAGCAGGCAUCCAAGCACAAAUCCAUCACCAAGGAGACGCGUCCUGAAUCAGAUGACAUGCUGGUCCGAAAGCUUACAGCGUGUUCGCAGCAGAGCUCGGCCAAUCAAACGAGCCCUUCGGUGCCAAUUUCCUGUAACGAUAGUGACCUGCAGAAGUGGCAGGCGAUCAGGAAGGCUAGUCAGCUGAGACACAAGAAGAGGCUCAUGGUGGAGAUGCUAUUCGAUCGGUCGUCGGACAGUUUCGACGGGAGCAAAUCAACAAGUGAUAUCCCGGAAGAGCCCCUGGUGACCCGUCGGCCUCACUACGAAGAGCUGGAGAAGUAUCGUGAGCAGGUCAAGCAGAGUGAGGACAAGUGGCAGGAUGACCUGAGCAAAUGGAAGAACCGCCGUAAGAGCGUCAACUCUGACAUCGUGAAGAAGAAGGAGGAGAGGGAGAAGGUUGAGCAGAUCACGUACGGCAGCAAUAGAAGGUCCAAGACCUUCAAGGAGAUGCAAGAAGACAGAGACAACAGGCGAAACAGCAGCAUCGGGAGUCGAAUCAGGACACUCAGCUUUGACGACGACCAGGAUGUAUUUGAGAAACCAACCCCUCGAUCCCGAGAAAUCCUGAGCCGAAGCUACACUAUCGACACUCCUUUUCAAUCCUCUAACUCAGUUGCGCCUUCACAGAAAGAGGAUAAUCAUCCGGCUUCUUCCCAGACUCGGGUUAGGUCCACGAAGCAGGAAUCUGACACGGUAGACGCCCCUGCAGGGACCACCAGCCGCAGCGCAUUCCACAGACCCAAACCCUCAGGAGCUGUAUCCUCUAUGAGAAGUUCAGUCUUCGAAAACACCAGCACUGUAAAAACUGAGGAGACGUCAAGCAUUGUCUCCGCUUCAAGAGCCCCACAAAAGGUGCCAGCACCAAGAAGCCCAGUCAACGUGCAGCCACCGUCCUUUGGUUCCACUUACAAACAACCACAGCCCAGUGCCAUGAAAGCCAACCCUCCAGCGGUGUCUCGGGUGUCUGCCUCCCUUCCAAGGAGCUACCAGAGAUCGGACAGUGCACGCCUGACCUCAGUCGUUGCACCAAGACCGUUUGGGACCCAGGCGUCCCGUGUUGGGUCACUUACCAGGUCCUUCACAUUGGACGACUCCAACAACCGUGUCAACGGGGACAUUGCUGUUUCUAAGAACUCGUCGGUCCCCAGCCGCUACCGUCAGUUCAUGACCCCAGAAGAUGAGGCUGAGUCCCAGUCGAGCCUCGCCCACAGCAGUGAAGACGAGGAUGAGCAAGAGGAGACCGCCGGGAAGACCGUCACCUCAACCUCUAGCAUCUUAUCCGACCAGGUUCUGGUCAAGAAAGAUGUUCCUGCCAAGGAUUCCAACCAGGAAAGCUCCUGCGAGAUGCGCAUCAACUUGAACCAGAAGCCCAACAGCAGUCGAGACUUCGGUUUUGAGGCGGCGUGGGACUCAACGGGAGCUCACGUCACGUCCGUCCAACCAGGCAGUCCUGCUGAGAUUUUCCGGUUGCAGCCCGGGGACGAGGUGCUGAUGGUGAACGGCCACCGGGUGGCAGACAUGAGCUAUCUGGACUGGAAGGCCAGCAUGGAUGAGGCCCUGCAGGAGGGCAGUUUGGUGAUGGAUGUCAGGCGUUACGGCCAGAACACCUGGGACAGAGAUCUGCCUUCCCUGCCGUUUAAAAGCCAUAAGACCAUCAAUCUGACCACUACGGAUCAUCCCAUACUUGUAGGUUUUCCUGACGCCAGUGGCGCUAACACGCUGGAUUUCACCUCGCGUGGGGAAAUAUCACCUUCUGCCAAGACCCCCACUCACUCUGUGGUGGAUGUGGCAUCCAACGGAGUAGAUGGUGGCUUUCCUACAGUGUCACUGACCACCAUGACCAACGACUCAGAGCCCCUUUCUUUGAAAAACUUAAAACGGAGGUCAGAGUUUUUUGAGCAAGGAGGAGCAGACUCUGCAACUCCAGAUAUACCUGUUCCAUCCAUCACUCAGUCUUCUAGAAGCUGGUCUUGGGACCCAGAAGAAGAGCGCAAGAGGCAAGAGAAAUGGCAGAAGGAGCAGGAGCGGUUACUACAGGAGAAAUAUAAGCGCGGACAAGAAAAACUGCAGGAGGAGUGGCUCAAGGCCCAACAGGAGAUCUCCUUCACUGUGGCACAACAAGAGCCUGUCAGCCCACGCUCACCCCUCUCCUACUUGUCGUGGGAGGAGGAGGAGAGGAAGAGGAAGGAGGAGGAGGUGGAGCGACAGAGGCUGGAGGAAGAGCGCAAGAGGAGAGAGGAGGAGGAGAAGAAGAGGAGGGAGGAGGAGUUGGAGCGCCAAAUACGUGAGGAAGAGAGGAAGAGGAGGGAAGAGGAGCUGGAGCGCCAAAUACGUGAGGAAGAGAGGAAGAGGAGGGAGGAGGAGCUGGAGCGCCAAAUACAGGAGGAAGAGAGGAAGAGGAGGGAGGAGGAGGUGGAGCGACAGAGGCUGGCGGAGGAGAGAAAGAGGAGGGAGGAGGAGCUGGAGCGCCAACUAAGGGAGGAGGAGGAGAGAAGAAGAAAAAGGGAGGAGGAACUGGAGCGCCAAAGAAGAGACAGGGAGGAGGAGGAGAGGAAGAGGAAAGAGAAGGAGUCGGAGGAGAGGAGACAGAGGGAGGAGGAGGAGCUCCUCUGGCAGAGGAGGAGAGAGCAGGAGAAGGAGGAGCUGAGGAGGAGGCAGGCAGCUGCCGAGGAGCAACAGCGCCAAGACAGGGAACAACGGGCAAAGUCGUUUGACGAAGAGGAAAAAUUUCAAAGAAAAGGUGUGUCUGUGAACCCGGGCGGCAUGGUCCACUGGCUGCUGGAGGAGCAGGCCAGGAGCUCACGAGACAGGCUGGCUCGGAGUCAGAGGGCUGUGGCCGAGCUGGAGAUGGAGAGGAGGAACCUCCUCAAUGUUAUGAGAUACAGGGAGCCUGAGAGAGUCACGGGUGGCAGCCUGUUCGACUCAAAGGGUCCCCAGCCGGCAUCGCAGGCUGAGCUGCAGCGUCAGCAGCUCCUGGACGACAUGAGGAAAAAGACCCCCGUGCUGACAGACAGCAGCUGGAUCCGCCAACGAGCCGCCACCACCCCCGGCCGGGAGGACUUGCCACCCAACCGCAGGGGCGGCUCUCUUGAUAACCUGGAUAACCCCCACAAUUCCUGGCGCUCGUCGUGGACACCCAGGAGUGACUCUUAUAUCCCAAACUACUCCCGGCACACCGCCCCCUCUGCUGGCCUCACCUUUUAUGGUGGCGGGCCCUCGGGGGAGCGGUCCGGCUCAAACACCCUGCCUGCUUCCCUUCAAGGCCUGUCUUCAGGAUCCGCCCCCUGGUCUCGACAGUCGCCGUCUCUUUCGCCCUACUUUCUGUCUCCCACCACCUCCCCAGAGCCUGCGUCUGAUGCCGGUGAUCCUCGGCAGCGCAGCAGGUCUGUGAGCGGUAAGAAAGUGUGUACGUUCUGUGGCACCACGCUGGGCAAAGGAGCCGCCAUGAUUAUUGAGUCCUUGGGACUCUGUUACCAUUUGACCUGUUUUAAGUGCUUCGACUGCAAGUCAGACCUCGGUGGAUCGGAAGCCGGAGCGGAAGUCCGAAUCCGAAACAAACAGCUGUAUUGUAACUCCUGCUACGUGCGAUUCAAAACUGGCCAGCCCACCUCGAUGUAACGUGAGGGUCCUCCAGAGGAUCUAUGAGGAGACCACGUGCUACAACAACCCGUGAGGCGGGGCCUGAGGGCCCGCUUACAUCCGGCUCUCAACCAUAAACUUCCGUGUCAUAAUUCCUGAGCAUUGACUCAUUUGUCUUUUACUAAAACAGUAAGAUUGCAAAGGAUGGAGGGGUUUUUUUUGUCCCCAAAUUAAAUAAAUAUAAGGCCAAUGAAAUAGAAAAAUGCAUUAAUUAAUUAAAAUGUGAAAUAACGGAAUAUGUUGUGAAAUAUUAAAUAAUUAUAUUGACCCAAUUUAUUAAUUGUUAAUUUCAUGACCUUUUAAAUGAAUAAACGAUGCAAUAACAAAAUAAGUGAAUGAUUAUGAUUAUCAUUAUUUCAGUUGAUAUUUAACAAUUAAAUUACUGUAAAUAGUGGACACAUUAAUACAAUGUAUAGCAAUUAUUUCCAUUAUUAAAUGAGACAAUUAUCUAAACACUGGUUGGCUGGCGCCACACGUUGGCCUACUGGUAAGCGUCUUUGCCACACUGUCAGGAGAUCGGGAAGAUCUGGCUUCCAAUCUGUUGCAUGUUCUCCCCGUGCGUGCGUGGGGUUUCUCCACGUACUCCAGUUGCCUCCCACGUUCCAAAAGUAUGCAUGUUAGGUGAAUUGGUUGUGGUUAUUGUUUAAUUUAAUAUGGUUUAAUUUUCUUCCAUAGCCUCCUUGAGAGCAGCGUCAAGGCAGCAUUGUCUUCCAAUAACACUUUAAUACUGUCCUGCAGAACCUUGAUAUUAUUGCGUAAUGCUCUGUUUUCUUCCAUUGGGGUUUUUCACCUCCUCAACGGCAGCACACAUGGCCGCGUUUUCACCUUGCAACUCCUCGAUUUCCUUUCUUAGUUCUUUGGUAUCCUUGCUCAGUAUUCGAUUUUCUUCCAUGAGGUUUUUGACAUCAUCAGGGACAUUUGGCAUUGUUGCUAGGCAACCGCUUUGGACUUCAGAAGUUAGCCAGUUAGCUUGAUUUGGAACUUGGAACUAACUAAAAAGGAAUGUGUACCUCUCGCCUAUCCGAGUUAAAAUUCAGGGAGUCGGCAAGCAGUUCCGAUCUUGUGUUCGUGAAGUGUGUUCAGGAAAGCACCAAAUAGUUCCGUUUUCCAGUAUCAUCAACAGAGCUCCUGCCUCGUACGUCCUCCCCAGUCGACAGCCAGGGGGACAAAAAGGAAACUAAAUUGUCCAUAGGUAUGAAUGUGAGUGUGAAUGGUUGUUUGUCUAUACGUCCCCUGCCAUUGGCUGGCCACCAGUCCAGGGUGAACCCCGCCUCUCGCCCAAUGUCAGCUGGGAUAGGCUCCGGCAUACCCCCAUGACCCUAGUGAGGAUAAGCGGCAUAGAAAAAGGAUGGAUGGAUGGGUUGUGAAGUAAACAGGUUCAAUAGGCUGAUUCAUCAUGAAAUAAUUCAUAGUCAAUUUCACACAUUAUUUCACUUUUACAUUAAUGUUAAUUAUUUAUUGAAUUGGCUUUAUGUUUAUUUCUUUUGACACAUAAUAAACCCCCUCCAUAAGACGCAUGUGUUUUUUAUUUGUAUGAUGAAGUAUUACAGUUGUGGAUAAAAGGGUUCUUCUGCAUGUGCUACUGGUUAAAAAUUAUCCAUUAUUAGAUCUUUCCAGAAAGCUUUUUGGGGAUUAAAAACAAAAAACCUGACAGGAUCAUCUCCUUUUUUAAAUGUAAUUUCAUUUUGUAUUAUUACUGCUUUUGCCCAGGUGUUGUUAAACACUCAUUCUCUCAAUGUGUGCCUUUAUGUCUGCAACAGGGAGAAGUAAUUAUGCAUUGUGUAAUUAUCACCUAGGCUGUAUUUAAUAAUAAGAUGGAAUAUUAUGCUGUUUUGUGAAGAAUAUAUGAUACUAAAUGGCAGAUGGAGAUAAAAUGUAAAUAAAAAUGCUAAUCUUUGAAAAUGCAG